AUGAAGGAAAAUACGCAUAGCACAUCCCUAGUCUUUUUUGGGAACGAGUUUCCCAACGAUGAUCUCAAAGGGCUCUUCCGCUGCCUCUUACGGCUCAGUAGGGACCGCAGGUUUCGCCAGCUGGCCGCUUUUCUUGAGGAGUCGACUCUCGUUCUCAAGAAAGAAGUGGCUGCACUUCCACAACAAUUGCGAGACAUUGUACCGCAUUUUCACACAAUUUUGCCCCUUGCUGAGCUUGGGGAUUUCCGUCAGGGCCCUCUGGGCGCUGCUAUGGAAAGUGCCCUAUUGACUGUACUGGAAUUGGGCAUGUUUAUUGGGCACUAUGAGGCUGAAGGACGUGGUUGGGAUUUAUCCCCACACAACACCAUCCUUGCUGGUCUGAGUAUCGGCCUGCUAGCCGCCGCCGGCCUGGCCCUAUCCACCAACUUAGCGGAAGUGGCCCAGAAUGGUGCUGAGUGUGUCCGCGUAUCAUUUCGUCUUGGAGUAUAUGUUAGCGAGAUCUCUCGCAAGCUCGAAGCACCCCAAGCGGAUGGUACGCUAUUGAGCUGGGCUCAUGUCGUCACCGGAGAGGCCAAGUCCGCCAUCCAAAAUGAACUCACACAAUACAACUCGGAAUCAGGCACCCCUGAGCUCCUCAAGGUUUUCAUCAGCGCUGCGGAUAAAACCUCCGUCAGCGUAAGUGGGCCACCAUCACGGAUGAAGGCCUGCUUCGGGGGUUCGCACCUACUGCGAUAUUCAAAGUCCUUUGCCCUCCCGGUAUACGACGGUCUAUGCCACGCGUCGCAUUUGUACAAUGAGGAUUCAAUAAAUACUGUCAUCAACAGUGCAGAAUCCCUCAUCCCUAAUUCUCGUCCGGUGCGGCUUUCCCUCCACUCUUCGAACACCGGACAGCCGUUCUUGGCCACCACUGCGCAUGAGUUAUUCCAGGCCAUCGGCACAGAGCUGCUGACUGGGACCAUCUACCUUGAUAGUAUUACCGAUGGUAUCCUUGAGCGAAUCGGCAACUUCAGCCCAAGCCAAUGCAGGAUUGAGACUUUCCGCACCUCGAUAGUAUUCAGGAGCAUAUUGGCAGCUGUUAAGGCACAGUUUCCUAGCCUCGAGAUAAAGCUAGUUGACUUAAUUCCUUGGUCCCUACGGGAUUAUGGAGCCCUCCAGCCCCGUUCCUUUGCUGACUCGAAGCUCGCUGUUGUUGGCAUGGCCUGUCGUAUGCCCGGUGGCGGCAACGACACUGAGCUUUUCUGGGAAAUUUUAGAACAGGGACGCGAUGUCCAUACUACAGUGCCGGCGGAUCGUUUCGACCUCAGAACGCAUUAUGAUCCCACAGGGAAAACCGAUAAUGCCGCGACAACUCCUUACGGCAACUUCGUUGAUAGCCCAGGAUUGUUCGAUGCUGGGUUUUUCAAUAUGUCACCGAAAGAAGCGGAACAAACAGAUCCUAUGCAACGGCUGGCGCUUGUCACGGCAUAUGAAGCCCUGGAGAUGGCGGGCCUCGUCCCUGGCCGAACUGCGUCAUCAAACCCUAAACGCAUCGGAGCUUACUACGGACAAGCAAGCGACGACUGGCGAGAGUUGAAUGCAUCGCAGAAUAUUGGCACUUAUGCGGUCACAGGGGGUGUACGCGCCUUUGGGAAUGGGCGUAUUAACUACUAUUUUAAGUUUCCAGGUCCUUCGUUCAGUAUUGAUACUGCCUGCUCUAGUGGAUUGGCUGCUGUCCAGGUGGCUUGUUCUGCCCUGUGGGCAGGUGAAGCGGAUACGGCACUCGCCGGUGGACUGAAUAUCAUCACUGAUCCAGAUAAUUAUGCAGGUCUGGGAUGCGGCCACUUCCUUUCCAAGACUGGCCAGUGCAAGGUUUGGGAUGAGACUGCCGAUGGAUACUGUCGUGCUGAUGGGAUUGGUUCUGUUGUUAUCAAACGUCUAGAGGACGCAGAGGCAGAUAAUGACAAUAUCAUUGCCGUUGUAUUAUCUGCAGCCACGAAUCACUCAGCCGAAGCCAUAUCCAUCACCCAUCCUCAUGCGGGAAACCAAAAAGAUAACUAUCGUCAGGUGGUUGAUGGAGCCGCCAUUAAUCCGUUGGAUGUGAGCUUUAUUGAGCUCCAUGGCACAGGAACACAGGCUGGUGACGCGGUAGAAUCCGAAUCCGUGCUAGAUGUAUUCGCGCCCAGGUCACCAAUGCGACGUCCGGAUCAAUUAUUGCAGCUAGGUGCAGUUAAAAGCAAUAUUGGACAUGGAGAAGCAGCGGCAGGUAUUGCGUCGUUCCUGAAGGUGCUGCUAAUGUACCAGAAAAACAUGAUCCCGGCCCACAUUGGUAUCCAUACAAUCCUGAAUCCGACCAUCCCUAAGGACCUGGAGCAGCGUCGUGUACGAUUGACCCAGACAAAUACAGCAUGGCCACGUCCAACUGGAAAAAAGCGAAUUGCAAUGGUCAACUCAUUCGGUGCACAUGGAGGCAACACCACGGUAUUACUGGAAGAUGGGCCGGAGCGGAACCAAGCAGUCGAUAAGGAGGAACGCUCAACUCAUACCGUCACAAUCUCGGCCAAAUCCAAGAAAUCUCUCCAAGCUAAUAUUGCCAAUCUAUUGCUCUACCUUGAGCAGAACCCAAAUACCGAUUUGGCGGACCUGUCAUACACAACUUGUGCGCGCCGCAUACAUUACAGCUUGCGCGUAGCAUUCGCCGCCUCAAAAGUUUCUGGGCUGGUGGAAUCGUUGCGCAACGCAGGUACAAAAGAGGGUCUCGCAGAGGUUAGACCAGUUCCAGGAGAUGUUCCUCCGGUCGUGUUUGCCUUCACCGGUCAAGGGGCGUACUAUCAGGGCAUUUCCCGGGAGUUAUUUGAUUCAUUCCCUUAUUUCCGUGAGGAGGUUCUGCAACUCGACCACGUUGUUCAGCGGCUUGGGUUCCAGUCGAUUGUGCCCGUGAUUGACUGCAGUGUCGAAGAGAGUCCAUCAGAAACGGUGACGCAGCUUAGUAUAGUUGUGAUCGAGAUUGCCCUGGCUCGUCUCUGGAUACUUUUACUCGGCCUUCAACCAAGCGCCGUCAUUGGCCAUAGUCUGGGCGAGUACGCCGCGCUGGUAAUCGCGGGCGUACUAUCCACCGCGGAUGCUCUCUUCCUGGCGGGACGGCGAGCACAACUCAUUGGGAAAUUUUGUGUCCCAGGCAGUCAUGCAAUGCUAUCGGUACGUGCAUCAGUAUCGGAGAUCGAAAAGUUCUUAGGCAAUGCGAAGUACGAGAUUUCGUGCCAAAAUACUCUCGAGGAUACUGUGAUCGGCGGGACAAAGGCUGAUUUGGAUACUGCCCGACAUACCCUCGAAGCCAACAGUGUCAAGUGUGUACCGGUAGACGUGCCGUUUGCAUUCCACACAGAACAGGUGGACCCAAUCCUAGACAGCUUAGCCCGAAUCGCGGAGACUGUGCACUUCAAAGCACCUAGCGUUCCCAUACUGUCACCUCUGUUAAAAAGCGCCAUAUUUGAUGGGAAAACCAUCAAUUCCACUUAUUUGACACGGGCCACACGCGAGACUGUUCAUUUUACUGGCGCUUUGGAAGCUGCGCAGGAUCUUGGGAUGGUGAACGACCGAACAGUAUGGGUUGACGUCGGACCACACCCUAUUUGUGCCAGUUUCGUGUAUAGUUUGAUACCAAAGGCGCGUGUGGUCUCAUCAUGCCGGCGAAAUGAAGAUAACUACACCACCAUGGCGAAGAGUCUCGUUGCUUUGCACCUGGCUGGUGUGACUCCGUGUUGGAAUGAGUAUUACCGCGCCAAUGAACAGGCGUACUCUCUUCUUACUUUGCCCAAGUAUGCCUGGAAUGACGUCAACUACUGGAUCCAGUAUAUUGGGACCUGGACGUUAGACAAGGCUCAUCUGAAAUAUACCGGAACAAAUGGGCGGCCGACGGUUACCCCGUCAUCAUCUGCCCUGCAGACAUCUUUGAUUCAUCAAAUCAUUGAAGAGACGCUUGGCGAAGGAAAUGCCACACUCAAAGUCGUCUCUGACUUGCAGCAUCCGGAUUUCCUUGAGGCCGUUCAUGGACAUCAAAUGAAUAAUUGCGGUGUGGCCACAUCGUCAAUUUGGACUGAUAUGGCACUAACGGUUGGCGAGUACCUUUAUAACCGGCUGGUUCCGGGUUCAAAGGUAUAUCCGAAUGUGCGCGAACUAGAGGUCUUGCACGCGACAGUUGCCAACCCGGCGAAGAACAGCACGCAGCCUUUAUAUCUUGAUGCCAACCUGGAUCUAUCCACUCAGCGGAUGUCACUCGCUUGGUUCAACGUUGAUCCCGCAACUGGCGACAAGGCUGCCGAGUCUUAUGCUACAGGGUCCGUACGAUUUGAGAGCAAUGCAGAAAGCUGGAAAACGGAAUGGGACCGCAUGACGCAUCUGAUACUUGGUCGAAUUGAGGCACUAGAGCGGAUGGCUGCCGCGGGAAAGGCAAGCCAGUUGUCCAAGGCGUUAUCAUACGCGUUAUUUAAAAACGUGGUCGACUAUGCGGACCGAUACCGCGGCAUGGACCGUGUGAUCAUUCAUGACUAUGAGGCAUUCUCGGAUAUAACUCUGAUUCCAGAGCGUCAUGGUGUUUGGCACACGCCGCCACAUUGGAUUGAUAGUGUCUCCCACCUCGCUGGCCUUGUCAUGAACGGGAGUGACGUGUCUAAUACCCGCGAUUUUUUCUAUGUCACGCCUGGCUAUGAUAGCUUCCGUAUUUUGAAGAAGCUGGAACCCGGUGCUCAGUAUCAGAGUUAUGUGCGCAUGUUCCCAAUUCCGGAACCUAACAUGUAUUCCGGCGACUUGUAUAUCCUCCAAGAUAGCCAAAUUAUCGGCAUGGUUGGUCAAUUGAAGUUCCGUCGGGUGCCACGUCUGCUCAUGGACCGAUUCUUCUCGGCGGAAGCAGCAUCAAAACAAUCGGUGUCAUCUUCUACAUCCACAGCUACUCGUGCUGCAGUUCCUGUUGCCAAGUCCGCUCAACCUGCUCCUCCACCACUUAAACCAGCAGAUGCACCACUUCCAAAUGGCCAGCCCCAGAGCACCAAUAAGCUUCCCAGUCCACCUCAGAAAGCAACACCACAGCCUGCGAUUAACGGGGUCAACCCAGCCGAGGAAGAGAAGACGCCUAGCAAAUCAAACGCAGGAGGCCCCAACGGGACAACUUCCCAGCCGGAAGUUACUGGUGUCGUGGGUCAAUGUCUGCAAUUGAUCGCUAACGAAACAGGACAAGGCGUAAAUAACUUGACAUCUGAUGCAACUUUCGUGCAGUUAGGAGUUGAUUCACUCAUGUCACUUGUACUUUCAGAAAAAUUCCGAGCUGAGCUUGGGCUGGAAGUCAAGAGUUCGCUUUUCCUUGAAUGUCCGACGGUUGGAGAUAUGAUGGAGUGGUUGGAACAGUAUUGUUAG